GGGUUGAAGUUAUCUGUGUCAGAGAUGAACAUGAGAGCAGUAGAAAACAACACAGGAAGCAAUAAUAAUAAUCAUACAGAUGAUAAUGAAUGCACUGUGAGGGAGCAAGAUCGGUUCAUGCCAAUAGCAAAUGUGAUUAGGAUAAUGCGCAAGAUCCUACCACCGCACGCUAAAAUCUCUGAUGACGCAAAAGAAACAAUACAAGAAUGCGUAUCAGAGUACAUCAGCUUCAUCACCGGAGAAGCCAACGAGCGGUGUCAGAGGGAGCAACGGAAGACCAUCACGGCGGAGGACGUUCUUUGGGCAAUGAGUAAGCUUGGCUUUGACGAUUACAUUGAGCCUCUGACGAUGUACCUUCACAGGUACCGUGAGCUUGAAGGUGACCGUACCUCCAUGAGAGGAGAGCCACUUGGAAAGAGGACUGUUGACUAUGGAACUCUUGGUGUUGCUGCUGCUUCUACUUUUGUUCCACCGUUUCACAUUGGACAUCACCAUCAUCAUCCUCAUCCCAGUAGCUAUUAUGGUACACCCAUGGGGAAUUACAUUAGAGAUGCACCCAAUGCUGGCUCGUCUCUUCAGCCUCCUUCACUUGCUCAUGCUGAACCAAAUACUCAAUACAAAUGAUCCUAUCAUGCAAUAAUAAUAGACACUGGUGGUUACUAAUAAUUAAGGUCUUAUUAUCAUAUAAUAAUCUAGCUGCUUAAUUUAACUAGGACUGGUGGUUUAAUUUAAUUUUCUUGUUUGUGUGUGUGAGAAAUGUGAAUCUGAACUUUGAUAAGUGGUUUAAUUUGAUUUUGUAAUUUGUGUGUUUGAGAGAAACGUGAAUCUUAACUUUCUCAUUCGUUAAAUGAUUCUAUUCUAUCUUAU